AUGACCGAACGGAUCCGAGCCGAGCCGAGCCCUAAACCCCAAAACCUUAAACCCCUAAGCCCUUCAUUGAGCGCUUCGGAAGCCCCUGGCUGCCCCGGAGGCCAAGCCGGUCCGGCCUUGCUCGAACUUCUCUGGUCCUUUUUUGGCGAGGAGCAGCAAAAAGGCAACUUCCCCUUCGAGCCAGUGUUUCUGAGCGUGCGGGUGAGGGCCGUCCCUACGAUCUAUGCCGUCACCUACGAGGAGAUGUCCCAGUUCUAUGCGUGCGUCUUUUGGCCAUGGGAUGUGAUGAUGAUGCUCUUCAGUGAGCUGUACACUAUGCUCGUGCCCUUGUUUCUGCCCGAUCGCCAUUGGAUUGUCAGCACUAUGUUGUGGUCACUCAGAUACUCUGACCAGAAUUGGUGGCACAUCCGUGCUCGCAAUGUGAAGGCCCAGCUGCCAUCUGCCGGGCUGGCGCCCUUUCCGAUCCCCUACGAUCCCUGGAUUGGAACCGACCAGUUCGACGGACGAGAGCAGGCGGCCUAUUGGCUAUCCCUCACGGAGUUCCAGCAGUAUCCCAACCUUGGUCAUUUCCGCAGCGUCCCAGAUCUCUUGGCGCAGCUGCGGCAGUUUGAUGCGGAGGAGGCCAAGCGCGGCAUGAGAGCCUUCAACGAGGCCACACUGCGGAGUUCGCUGGACUUCUACCGCUGGGCCGCGGCAUGUUUGUUAGGGAAUUCCAUGCUGCCGUGGCUGUGA